AUGCAUUUACUUUCCUCAAGUGCUUCAAGAGUGAAUCACCAGGAAUAUCCAAUGAAAGAAGCCGAAUCGUCUCUUCUAGGCACCUCCUGGUCCUCCCUCGUAAAACACGCCCCUCUGCUCCGCCUCAACGCCCUUGACUUCUCCGACCUAUGGGAUGACGAGGAUCUUGAGCUGGACAGCACUGAUGAAGACUCCUCACAAACUUCGGCCAAUCAGAUUGCAGCCACACCCAUCCCCCCGCCUCCUCCCCCUUUGGCCCCGCCCCUCUCUGUAGUGAGCGAGUCGUCAGGCUGUCGCACUCUGAGGCUCCACUGGAGCGCACUGUUGAGUCUGCAGCCUUUGCCGAGGGUGGGCCGCUUUGGGCUUCAGUCGAUCUGGGCCGGUCUGGAACCGGUUCAGCUAGACACCAAUCGACUGGAAUACCUGUUUGAGAGCAAAAGCAGCAACAAGAGCGCCCUCUGCAGUCUGAUGGGGGCACGACAGCAGAAGCAGCCGCGUGUGUCUGUUUUGGGUGUGAAGCGCAGUAACAUCGUCACUAUAGCUCUGAGCAGUCUGCCGCCGGUUCACCUGCUUCCUCCUGCCAUAUACAGCAUGGACAACGCUGUACUAGACAGAGAAGACAUCCAGAGGUUGCAGAUGCUGGUUCCCACUGAAGAGGAGCUGAAUCUGAUAAAGGAGGCGGAAGCUCAGGCCCCGCGGUCACCUCUGGGCCCCGCAGAGCAGUGUCUCCUGACCCUGGGCAACGUUCCUCAUCUGAGCGCCAGGCUGCAGCUCUGGGCCUUCACUCUGGACCACGACACGCUGGAGAGAGAAUCCGCAGAGCCGCUCUUCCAUCUGAAGCUUGCCAUGGAGCAGCUGGCAGCCAAUCAGACACUCCGCUGCAUACUUGCGACUGUGCUGGCCGUCGGCAACUUUCUGAACGGCUGUAAGGCGAGGGGGUUUGAGUUGAGUUACCUGAGCAAACUCUCUCAGGUGAGAGACACACAAGGCCGGCAGCCUCUGCUUCAUCACGUUUGUGUGCUAUUGCUCCAGCUUUACCCACAAUCCUCUGAUCUGUUCUCCGACAUCACUGCUGUCACAAAAGCCAGCAAGUGUGACUACACACAAGUGCAGCUGAAUCUCUCGCAGCUUGAAUCGCUUUGCAAAGCAUGCUGGGAUCAACUCCGACUACUUGAGAAGGAUGGGAAGAAGAAGAAAUGUGGAGGAAGAAAAGAGGAAGGUGGAGAAGAGGCAACGCUCCAUCAGAGGCUUGCCCAGUUUCUGAAAGACUGCGGGGAGAGAUUGAAGGUGCUUCGAGCCGUUCACCGCAGAGUCAUCAACAGAUUCCACUCGUUCCUGCUCUUCCUCGGUUAUUCGCGUACCAUGGUGAGAGAAACGAGUGCAGAGGUGUUUUGUAAGACUCUCAGUGACUUCGCUCUGGAGUACAGAGCCACUCGCAGUGCUAUCCUUCAACAGAGGGAGAGAGAGAAGGAGAAGGAGAGAGAGAAGGAGAAGCACAGCCAAAACACACCUAAACUCAAAACCAGACUCCAACAAAGCCCAUCUGAUGAGAAUCAGGAGCAGGUGAAACUUGAAGAGGUUUUGAAGACUCCUGACUCGUCGUCAUCGUCGUCUUUGCACUUUGACUUCACUCGUCCACGCCAACGCAGCAAGACGAGCGACAAGAAGGGUUGUCACUCCCGAAAGCUGAAGUGGUGAUCUCCAAUCCUGAUUUCCUCUAAAAGUG